AACUAAAAAUAUGUUUUAUCUCUAUGGCUUAAAGUUUAUUUUUAAAUAGCAAAAGAUGUAAGGAAAAACGGUCUGAAAAGAGAAUGAUUAUUAAGUGGUGGUGUCCCUCUCGCACAUUUUACAAACAAAAAGCAGUGUUGCUAGCUUAGAGGAUUUUCCAUAAAAUCUCGGAAUUUGGACCCCGUCUUCGUUAUCAAAAAUGGCUUUUAGUGGUUAGUGGAUUUUUUAGUAGCUUGGGUGUUGUUGAAAAUUAUCGAAAAGUUUAAAAUCAAUCCACUUUACAGGAUUUUAAACAUUUUAUGACAAUAAUAUAUCUAAAUACAUAUUAUUUAAACGAAGUGACUUAAACUUAACUAGAAAAUGUUGCGAGAAUUUAGAAUUUCCAUCAACGUCAAAAAUUAAAUUGGUUCAAAAUAAACGUACAAAGUUAUGGUGAAAUUAGUUUCUGAUGAUGACAAUUUAUUAAAAUAAAAAAAAAGUGUGUGUGUCCGCUCCGACGCACGACUGGAGUUUACUGGAUAUAAAAAAUUAAACGAAACAAUACGAGAAAUAGUUCUAUAUUACGACAACACGAUACACUACAGAUUAUUAACAAAUUAACGAGACACAAAACAAACGACUAACAAAUAUAUGAAAAUACAAUAAUGAGAGAAACGCGCGAUCAGUACGAGGCUUUGUGGCGGACUGCCGGCGCAGCAGCCCGGCGUCACCUGCGAUAACGCAUUUCGUGUGACAUGCGCAAUCAGGCGCAUAACGCAUUUCGUGUGACAUGCUAGUACGAUUUUGGUCCCCAUAAUUUUCAUACCCCGGGCCUAUAUAUGUAAAUCGAUUCUAAAGGAGUAAACUCCAAUUAUAUAAGAAGUAUUGAUUAUAUGAUAUAUAUUGAUUUUUAAUAGAACAUCAUAUAUUAAUAAAGCUUAUUAACAAAAAAAUUAUUGUUCUAUGUUAAUAAGAACUCUGUUUAAUGGAAAAUUUAAUGGUAGGUACGUAGAUUUCUGAUGGUUUUCAUGUUGAAUUUGGUGGGAAGCCAGAUUAAUUGUUGGCAUCACCGAAAAAGAGCUAUGAAUGGAUUAAAAGAAAAAUGGCGUCUAUUUACGUUUGUAGUGCGAAGUUAAAAUGGCACUGAUACAGCUUGUGGCUUGUUUUUUUUUCGAAAAUCGUGAAAGUUUCCGUGUAAUCAUGGUGAACACUUUUAAUGUAAGUGGUUUUAAGCGAGAAUCGUCUCCAGUUUGUGGAAUAUCCUUCCAUAUGUCAGAUUCAUUGAUAAAUUUUUACUAGUGUGAGCAUAUAUUUUUAAAAUGUGAGAUAUUUUUUCUCAUUAUAAUAUUUAAUACCAUUUGUCUUGUAAAUUGUACUUAAUCUAUGUCAUAUACUAAAUUUGAAAAAACAAUCGUGAAAACUAUAAUUUUGCAAUGUAUUUUUCAUAUUAUAAGAGCCAUCACGUGGUAUUUUUUGAACUUUUUUUAUUGUAUUGAAUAGCGUCGCACGGAAGCAUGUAUAUCAUUUGCCUGACGUUAAGCGAACGAGUAGGAUCUUCUAGUAAAUAUGACGUUGGAAUUUCUGGAAAAUGUCCUAUAUAAAGGUCAAACAAGAAGAAUCAAGUACUCAAACGCAAGAAAUAAAAAAUACCCCGAGAAAAGCAAAAUUACGACAAGAUGUUAAGGUAUUGAAACAAAAACUUAAAAGUCGCGAAAUAGUGAUUGUAAAUAUAAAGUCGAUUUUAGAUUUAUUAAAGAAAAAUGGCGAUUUUUAAUUGAAUUGAAAUUUAAAUUGCGAAAUUUUAAUGAUACUCAUGGUCCACUUAGAUAUUGAUUAAAAUAAAUUAUGUAUUUCGUUGAAAAAAAAGAAUUUACUUAAAAUAGAGGAAAUGUUAUAUUAUAAGACUACAGAAAAUUAACUGAACUUAAUAAUAAUAAUAUGUAUAACCAAUAUUUUGUAAAUAGAGAUCAAGUACUAUGUGUAUCGUGUUAUGUGUAUUGACUUGUCAUUUAAGAGUUAUUUAAUUGUCUACAUAUAACAAAUAAAUGAAUUUCAGUUCAUUUCAUUUUAUUACCCAUUGUGUUUUAUUUCCUAAAAUGUAACUAGUAGACUUAAUAUACACGUGUCAUUAAAAUAGCACAGAAGUAAAAAUACAAACAAUUUUAAAUCAAUUGAAGAUGUGAAUGUAGGAAAAGAGCACCCGAUACGCGCAGACCAUGUGUGUUGCAGUGUCUCACUCAGUGUGUCAAAUAUUAAUUUGCACGGCCCACUUAGCCAGUACAUUAAAGUAGGAAUUGCGUAAUUAAGUUCAACAUAAUAUAUUAUUUAAGUCGCGGUUGAGUAUUCGGACGUUAAACACGAGUUUGAGGAAGUUUAAGUAAUAGAACUGAGGUAAUGAUGUUUGUAAUAAAACUCAGUGCUAGAUUUUCGACAACGCAGCAAUUUCCAAAAAAAACCGUCGAAAAAAAGUCACCAUGACGACGAAGCAAUGUUUAGAAUUGAAUUUACAUAAAUAAAAGGUUGCAAGCACGUGUUUUGUAUUUACAUAGGGUUACACAGAAUUACUUAAGGUAAAUUCAAAACUUAUGCAUGUGUAUAAUUUUGUCCUAUAAUUAAAUUAUAUAUGGUCACCACAUUAGACAAGGACACCGCGACCAAAAAGUAUUCUCUUUCGAGACCGAUUUCUCGGCAUUAGACAGCACUCCAGUUGUAGGUACUUAUUAACUCCAUGUUUGUUAGUCAGUUAAUUUGAGCCUCUCUAAUAUAUUAAGUGUAUAAUCUAUGUUUGAGCCUUUUGAAUUGUAUGAAACCGACGACGAAUCAUAACAAUCUAAUUUAUUUUGAAAAGCCGGCUAUGAAACGAGUUUCAAUAGUCUAAGGAAAUUCUUUAAAUUCACCUUUAAUCUAGAACUUAAUUGAUUAUUUUAGUGUAAGCCCCGGUCAUCAUUGUUGAAAUGAUCUCAAGAUUUGCCUUUUAAAAUGUAUCACAAAGGAAAAUAUUAUGUGACCUUUAAACGUGGAUGUGAAGAACUUAAGAAAGAUAUAACAUUAAUUGUGAAUAAAGUUUUUGAAAGUGACAGUUUGAGAAUAACUUUAUCAGACGAUGACGAUCCUAUGUUUUUAUGUGUUCUUAUAUUAACACGGAUUGACUAUGAUGACUUGAAGAAACAACAAGGCUUACUUGUGGAUUUUGAUAAUUUUCCAGCACAACUUGUUAAACUGUUGCAGCAGUGUGCUAUAAAUAAUAUGUUCCUUAUAAUGCAGCAGACAAAUCCUCUACAGUAUUAUUUAGAAGUAGUAGAGCACAAUGAGUUCAAACGUCUUAUCCAUCUGUCCUUGAAGACUUGUCCAGCGACUGAUACAGAUAUUAAACAACACAUGGCUAGUACUAUCAAAAAUUUGAAAGAUUUGUUAUCUUCUUUGAAACUUGCUGCUGCAAGUAAUGAGUCAUCACUAAACACGAAAUGUGUUAGUUUAGAAAAUAGAAUCAAAGAAUUGAAUCUAACAUUAGCAAAAAUGCAAGAUGAUAAAAUGAGACAAGAAAUAGAAAUUCAAAAAACACUAGAACAAGAACGCGAUAAAAUUACUCAGGAGAGAACAAAUCUACAGAAAAAUAAUGAAAUGACAAUGAAAGCACAUCUGACUUCAUACCAAGAAACUAUGAACAGAAAAGAGAAAGAACUUGAUGAAUUAAAUAUUAGAUGCAAACAGUUGAAAGAUACUAUUUUUGAUUUAGAAAAGCAGUUAAGUGAAAGAAAUCAAAGAUUGAAUGUUUUGGAGAAAGAAGUCCAAAAGUCACAUAUUGAAGUGGCCACACUAAGAGCUAAUAAUACAGGCUUAGAGAGAGAUAUUAAAGAGAAAGAGAGGCAGUAUACCCAUCAAAGUUCUAGAUGUACAUUUUUGGAAAAGACAGCUAAGGAAAAUGCUGAUAGUAUAAAAGACUUGAAAAACACAAUUCAGAACCUUAAAAGGGAAAAAGCAUGCUUAGAAGAAAGAGUAGCAGUCAGUGAAUCUCAUAUUAACAAAAACAAUGAAAUAGUACAAUCAACGACGGAGCAACUCAUGAAAGCAAAUCAAAUCAUUUCUAAACAAAAUGCUGAUUUAAUAGAAUUAAAAGAAAAGCUAAUGUGUCGAACGGCUAUUGCACUGGAGCAGGAGAAGGUAAUCGAGCGUAACUCAAAAGAGAUUGACGAACUCAAAUCUGAGUUAAACGAUAGUAAAAACAACCUAGAGCAGUUGCGCAGAGAACUGAAUGAUCUCAAUCAAAAGUACGAGUCCAGUGAGAAGACUUUAAAAGACAAGGAGGAAACUAUAAAAAAUAACAAUAUGGUGAUACAGUGGCUACACAAAAAGUUGGAGGGUUGCACGCCAGUAGACCUGCCUCAAAGCUAUGAUAAGCACGGAACAAAGCCCUCAAGCAGCUCCAGUCCCUAUUUCAAAGCUAAAAACAACCGGAACGAUUCGCUGCCCUAUGUUUCUGAUGAUUCUAUUAAUUUUUACGCUACAUCCAAAUUGUCUGAUGUAGAAAAGAGUCCUGAAAUUCAAAGUACAACUUCGAAAACAGGAUUGGAUCCAAAAUACUUAAAGCCUGCAAGUAACAUCAACCAUGCUACGAAAGGUUCGAAAGCUACUUUUGCUGAAACACAAAGAGGUAAAGAAAAUACCAACAUCAAUUUGCCGAAGGUUGAUUACAGAGAAAAAAAGUCAUCGAGAAGCAAUACGUAUCGGUCAACACCAGUAUCGGCUUAUUUUCCAUGAUAUUAUUAUUUUAUAAACGUUAAUGAAACGAGGUUUCGACCCGUCUAAUUUCAAAUGGUUACCGCAGCCUAUAGACACAAUGUAGCCUAUCUUGAGACGUAAGGUCGAAAAUCUUGUUGUUGUAAUAAUUAUUAAUCUACAAUCAGAAUGUAGGAAUGUUUUGCAAAAUUUUUGUAACUAAGCAACACUAAAUUAAUAAAAAUUGUAUUAACAUUAAUUAAAUGAAUUUGCAUAAUUAUAUAAUGUUAUGUUAUUCUGGUAUAAGAUGUGCAAUAAAUUAUUUAAAUCUUA